AUGGCGGGGGGGUCAGCACAGGUUACCCUCAGAAGCGACGUGCGCCCUCACGGGCGCACUCUGCACGCGCGGACCAACAUAAAAAUGAUCCUGCCAGUCGCACAGGGCGGCGCGGCCGUCGCGGGACGAUUGGUUAGACGAGCCCGGGGCUCCAGUGGCAGGCCCCGCGGCCUCGUGGCGCACGAGCGUGUGCAUACCAUCAGCUUAGAGAGCUCUGGCGCCCCCUCCCCCUGCGAGGUCGUGUGCUGCCUGGUGCACCGAAUUUGCAGCAUCGUCCGGGCUUGUUUGGAGAGCAACCCGGGGGAGCGCCACAGGAGGCUUGCUGAGAGCAGCCUCGAUUUGACCCCGCUCGCCGGGAACUUCGCACAGCCUGGCACAGGCUGUGUGUUUUUCAGCUGA